AUGAGGUAUGGAGCAGGAACAAUUAAAUGGAAUAAGGAGGAACUUCAGGGAAUAGAUAGGAAGUCUAGAAAAAUCAUGACAAUGAAUGAGGAGCUACACCCUAGAAGUGAUUUUGGCAGAAUAUACGUACCCAGAAAGAAGGGAGGAAGAGACCUGAUCAGUUGUGAAAUCUGCGUGAGGAGAGAAGAGAACAACUUGAGUUGGUAUGUGAGAAAUAGUGAAGAGGCAUUACUCAGGAAAGUUGGAGAUAGUAAUGUAGUUAACAUCUCAGAGGCUGUGGACCCGAAGGAGUACAAAGUGAAUGAAGUAAAAGAGACAGAGAAUGAAUGGAUGCAGUAAAGAAUGCAUGGGCAGUAUGUGAGAGAAAAGGAAGGUAUUGACUGGGAUAGAACUUGACAGUGGAUUGCAAAAGGAGAUUUGAAAGGAUGUACUGAGGCCCUGAUAUGUAGCGCCCAGGAACAAGCUUUGAGAGCAAAUUAUACGAGAUUUCAUAUUGAUCACACAGCAGAAUCCCCUUUGUGCAGAAUGUGCGGAAGUAAGGGAGAAACGGUGGCCCAUGUGGUGAGUGAGUACGGUAAGAUGGCGCAGACAGAAUAUAAAGGAAGGCAUGAUAACGUGGCACGGUAUAUCCACUGGCAACUUUGUGGUAAAUGUGGAUUGGAAAGAGCUGAUAGCUGGUAUGAACAGAAGCCGGGGGGAGUGGUGGAAAGUGAAAACUUCAAGAUACUGUGGGAUUUCACAGUCCAGUGUGAUCGGAAAAUUGAGGCAAGAAGACCAUACAUUGUCUUUAUUGAUAAGAAGGAAAGAGAGGUUGUCAUAAUUGAUGUUGCCUUCCCAGGUGAUGACAGGGUGAAAGAUAAGGAACUUGAGAAGUUAGAGAAAUACCAACUAUUUAGCGAUGAAAUUGCAUAA